AUUCAGACUCUUGUACGCAUCUUUUUUGACUUCAUCCACUUCCCGCUUACGAUAGAACGGAAUAACCAUCUAGAGUAGCACAAAUGACGGGCAGACGGACUGGAAACCGCAUUCGCGGGCCUCACUCUGCGUUGACGGAUUUCCUUGCUGCGAACAACAUCUCCGCGCAACAGAUCAGAGACAGCUACCAGCAGCGCGUCCAACAAGCCGAAGCCGAGGACCCAGCCGCAAACGACGGACAAGACAACCAGGAUGGUGCUGAAGAGGAAGACGCCGAAGCCGCCGCCGAAGCAGCCGCAGCCGAAGCCGCAAUAGAGCGCACGAAGAAGCGGAAGCGCAGAUCGGAAAAGGCCGUGGCCAAAGUCAAGGAAAGCAAAGCAGCAGCCAAGAAGAAGGCCAAGAAGGCCAAAAAGGGAGACGACGACAGUGAUGAGAGUGAUGGCGACUAUGACGAUGCACUCGAGAACAUGUAUAAGAAACCCAAGAAGCUGCCCGGGCAACUGGAGAACUGCGAGACGUGUGGGAAGCGUUUCACGGUCACGCCGUACAGCAAAGCGGCCCCUGACGGCGGGCUGUUGUGUACGCCGUGUGGGAAGCUUGUGGCAAAGGACGAGAAGGCACUCGCUGGCAAGGCGAAGAAGCCGGUUGCUGCGACGAAAAAGCGGAGGAAGCUGGAGAGUGAUCGUCUGGACGGGCUUGUGCGCAACGGGGCGAAGACGCUUGUCCAGCUGUGUAUCGAGAAGGUCGCACAGCAUCACAACGACAUUGAGGAGUUUGGGGACUUGCCAGUCGGCCUGUUGACCCGGUUGGGCGAGAUAUUCGGCAAGAAUAGGGUGUUGAAUUCUCGGACUCUGAGACUGUUUCUGCAGCCUGAUCUCGAUACUCUGGCUGUGCACGAGGCAGCUUACCUGGAGACGGAGGACUACGAGCAAAUAUUCGCAGUCAUUCCACGCAUAAAGAAACUUGUCCUCAACAACGCCUGCCAGUUCAAGGAUUCAUCAGUCGAGUACAUGAAGGAAAAGGCAGGCGGCAUAACCUGGCUCCAGCUGGGCGCCGCAAACCUCGUCUCAAACGACAUGUGGAUCAAACUGUUCGAGGAACGCGGCGCAAACUACGAAACCCUCAAGCUCACAUGGCUCGACGCCGCCUUCGACGACGCCGCCGUCGCAGCAAUGGCCCAGCACUGCACAAACCUCACCCGCCUCAAACUCGAGCGCUGCCGCCAAAUCACACCCACCGGCUUCGAACACAUCAUCCACCUGCCCAAACUCCAACACCUCACCCUCCACCUCUCCCACGAGAUCCCCAGCGACCGCCUCGUCGCCAUGCUCACCACCAUCGGCCACCAGCUCCAAACCCUCUCCCUCCAACGCGCCCUCGACGCAGACGACUCCUUCCUCGCCGCCCUCCACACCACCUGCAACCGCCUGUCCAAGCUCCGCUUCUGCGAAAACGACGCCUGCACAGACGCCGCCUACGCCGCCCUCUUCACAAACUGGACCAACCCCCCGCUACGCUUCGUCGACCUGAACAGCACCCGUGACAUCGACAACAGCAACCCCGACGGCCCGCCCGACACCACCGGUCUCGGCGACGCAGGCUUCCAGGCCCUCAUGACGCAUUCGGGGUCGAAGCUAGAGCACCUCGACGUCUCGUCGUGCCGGCACAUCAGCCUCGCGUGCUGGCUCGCCGUGUUUGACGGCCGGAAGCAGUACCCGUGUUUGCAGACGCUGAAUGUCAAUUUCUGUGGCACCGUGGAUACGACUGUUGUGGCGGGCGUGUUUGGGUCGUGUCCGCAGCUGCGCAAGUUGGAGACGUUUGGGUGCUUUGGGGUGGAGGAUGUGCGUGUGCCGAGGGGGAUUGUGCUUGUGGGUGCGCCGAGGGCGCAGGAUCAGAUUGAGCAGUUUGGGGAGGGGUGGGGGGCUGGACGGGUGGUUGAGGUUGGGGCGUAGGGGUGUUGUAGUUAUGGUGGUGUGGAAUUGGGGAAAGGGGGGGCGUUUGGUGGUUGUAUUAAGGAGUAUAUAUGGAAGCGUUGCGACGUGAGUAUAUGGAUUUAUAGACUUAUACCGCGCACCCCUUCUGCGUCCUGGCAAGUAGACUCGAUGAUAUCCUUUCUCUCUCUCUCUCUCUCUCUCUCUCUCUCUUAUUCUCCUCUCCCCUCCUCUUCCCCUCCUCACACCCACCUC